AUGAGUGCUGCAUAUCUUCGGACGCAAAUUCUUGCAAAUGCCAAAUUCCUCUAUGGCCCAGAGAAGAAGUUUGAGAUCAUAACCGGGCUCGUGUUCCUCGGCAUGUACGGAAACAUUCAAGCAAGCAAUGCAAUUCUUGUAACGACAGACGCGGACGCUGGAACCUUCCGAACGCACCUUGUUGGUACUCCCAAGGAGCAUAUCGAUGACGCGAUGAUGGAGCUGCAUAAUGAGGUCACGAAGAAGAUUUAUGAGAAGUUGUCUGUGGGUUUGGACGAAAAUGCUGCGAUAGAGGCUGGAGAGACAGUUAUUGAAGGGACGCUGGAUUGGUGA